CCUGCUGCAGGUGCCGAAUGGGCGUCGCGUUUGCUCGCGCGCGCAUGUGCGCACGCGGCAGGGACUGCCCUCUCCUUCCUUCCUCGCGCUCCUGUAAACGGCGGCGGGUCAUCAGUCUCGCGCAGGAACCGUUCAGCCACUCAGCCUCUCUGAGCCGCGUGCGUGAGCGGCCGCGGAGCGCCAACAGCGGGCCGGCUGGAAGCAGACUGUUUUUCCGGAUAGGGGGGAGGGUCCGGCAGCUGCUGCCCGUAGCCAGGAGGGAAGCCCGAUUGUCCGGCACCGCUCGCGGACGGAGAACCCGAAAAGAGGCGGCCUGGAGCCCGCGUUUCCCCACUUGAAGAUGGCAUCGACAGAGUCGCGGCUCCAGCAGCAGCCCUCGCCAAAGGAUGCCGCCGACCUGAACUUCGACUACAUGUUCAAGCUGCUGAUCAUCGGCAACAGCAGCGUGGGCAAGACCUCGUUCCUCUUCCGCUACGCCGACGACUGCUUCACCCCGGCCUUCGUCAGCACGGUGGGCAUCGACUUCAAGGUGAAGACCGUUUUCCGCCAGAAUAAGAGGAUCAAGUUGCAGAUAUGGGAUACAGCAGGACAGGAGCGGUAUCGAACCAUCACCACGGCCUACUACAGAGGAGCCAUGGGGUUCCUGCUCAUGUAUGACAUCUCCAACCUGGAGUCCUUUAACGCCGUGAAGGACUGGGCAACGCAGAUCAAGAUGUACUCGCUGAACAAUGCUCAGGUGAUCCUGGUGGGUAACAAGUGCGACCUGGAGGACGACCGGGACAUACCCACGGAGGACGGCCAACGGCUGGCGGACGACCUUGGUUUCCAGUUCUUCGAGGCCAGCGCCAAGGAAAACAUCAACGUCAAGCAGGUGUUUGAACACCUGGUGGACAUCGUCUGUGACAAAAUGACUGAGGAGAUAGAUAUCCACAGGGAUCCCUCGCCGGUUCCUCCUGUUAGAGGCUGUGCUUGCUAAACCCUCCCGCCUGGCGCCCGUGACACUCGUACGAAGAACAACGUUUUCUCUGUGCGUCAGCCAUGAAAAAGUGCUGCACAUCUUCUCCAUCCUGCUGCAUACAGCGACCCUACGACUGUUGGCCGAUCCUCUCCUUCGAGUCGACUCUUUCUCCUCGUCUCCUGCGCUCUUCGUUUCCUCUGUUCAUUGACUGUAUUUAUUUGUGGGUUGGAUGUUUCUGGGACAAACUGUUUUCUCACACAUCAGUGGCGGCACAGUUUUAGAAACAAAAAGAUGACUAGUCCUUGUUUUGUUGUCCUAAAUGUGUGCUACAGUCCGUUUUACAGAUAAAGUAAGCAGUGUCUUCUUCAGAAAUGUGGGUUAUUUUCCUCAAUUGUUUCCACGCUGCAGACUAAAAGUAGAGUUUCAAACUCUGCUUAAAAUGUUUACUUCCCUCCGGAGGUCCUGAAAAUGAGCUUGACUUCUUGUAGGACCCUAAAGGAACAUGCAGCUACAGCUACAACAAGCAGCUGGAUCUAACAUGGAGGUGUAUCCUGUUAUUUACUAGACUGCUUGUAGUCCUUUUAUGUCUUUGAACUGAUUAGCUUUGUCUUCUGUCUUAGUGUUUGUCAAGGCAACAGCAGCAGGUGAAAACAUUACACUUCAAAUGAUUGAUUUUAUUCAUAUAAAUAUAUGUCAGUUUA